UCGCACAUGCGAACCUGUCAACCUUACGGUCUUGUCCGUGAAGCUUUUGUGGCUGCUCCCUCCUCCACUUUAUUCAAUAUUUCCUCCACUUGCUUCUCUUACGCCUUUUUGUUCCCUUUCAUUGCCAGGCUCUAACAUUGAGACCUUCCUCCGAUUUUGAUUCUUAAGAAAUGAACGGCUCAGAUCAAUCACUCAAACCUCUGCUCCUUAUCUCUUGCCAACCACCGCUUCUUCUCGACGUCUGACAUACCAUACCUGUAGAUAGCAGCAGGGAGGGAAGGGUCUUCGUUCCGUCUGAUCAUUGAUCAGAAAAAAAGAAACAGAUUUGCUUUGGCUGUUAUGGGAAUAAUGGAGUCUUGUGAUUGUGUCGACACACAAUGGCACCAUGAGGAGCUUCUUGUGAAAUAUCAGUAUAUAUCGGAUGUUUUAAUUGCCUUUGCAUACUUCUCUAUUCCAAUUGAGCUCAUAUAUUUUGUACAAAAGUCUGCAUUCUUCCCAUACAGAUGGGUGCUUAUGCAAUUCGGUGCUUUUAUUGUUCUCUGUGGAGCAACUCACUUCAUAAACUUGUGGACUUUCACUAUGCAUUCUAAAGCCGUUGCAAUUGUGAUGACUAUUGCAAAAAUUUCUUGUGCCAUUGUAUCAUGUGCAACUGCAUUGAUGCUUGUUCACAUUAUUCCUGAUCUUUUGAGUGUUAAAACUCGAGAAUUGUUUCUGAAGAACAAGGCUGAAGAACUUGACAGGGAGAUGGGGCUUAUUCUUACACAGGAAGAAACUGGAAGGCAUGUAAGAAUGCUGACUCAUGAAAUUAGAAGUACACUCGACAGACAUACUAUAUUGAAAACCACCCUUGUUGAGUUGGGUAGGACCUUGGGUCUGGAGGAAUGUGCAUUGUGGAUGCCAUCUCGAUCUGAUAUGACUCUGCAACUUUCUCAUACCCUACAUUACCAAAUACAACUUGGAACUAGUGUGCCGAUAAACCUUCCUAUAGUCAAUGAAGUCUUCAACAGUGCUCGAGCAAUGCGCAUACCAUAUACCUGCCCACUGGCUAGGAUCAGACCUCUUGUAGGUAGAUACACACCACCAGAGGUUGUUGCUGUUCGUGUGCCCCUUUUACAUCUUUCAAAUUUCCAAAUCAAUGAUUGGCCAGACCUUUCUGCAAAAAGCUAUGCAGUCAUGGUUCUGAUUCUCCCUACGGACGGUGCUAGAAAGUGGCGGGACCAUGAGUUGGAACUUGUUGAAGUUGUUGCAGAUCAGGUUGCAGUUGCUUUGUCUCAUGCUGCUAUCCUGGAAGAGUCUAUGCGGGCACGCGAUCAGCUCAUGGAGCAGAAUGUUGCUUUAAAAUCAGCUCGUCGAGAGGCAGAAAUGGCAAUUCAUGCUCGCAAUGAUUUCCUUGCUGUGAUGAACCAUGAAAUGAGGACACCAAUGCAUGCAAUUAUUGCAUUGUCUUCACUUCUUUUAGAGACCGACCUAACUCCAGAACAAAGAGCAAUGAUUGAGACAGUACUAAAGAGUAGUAACCUUUUGGCAACACUUACUAAUGAUGUUUUAGAUCUUUCUAGACUUGAAGAUCGCAGCCUGGAGUUAGAAAUUAGGAUCUUCAAUCUUCAUGAGGUUUUUAAAGAGGUUGUUAAUUUGAUAAAGCCCAUCGCAUCCUUAAAGAAGUUGUCCAUGACUUUGAUCAUGGCUCCAGAUUUGCCUGUGUGUGCUGUUGGUGAUGAGAAACGUCUUAUGCAAACUAUUUUAAAUGUAGUAGGUAAUGCUGUCAAGUUCACAAAGGAGGGCUAUGUUUCAAUUAUAGUUUCUGUUGCAAAACCAGAUUCUUUAAGAGAUUGGCGACCUCCUGAAUUUUACCCGAUUUCAAGUGAUGGGCACUUCUACCUACGAAUACAGGUUAAGGACUCUGGCUGUGGUGUUCUCCCUCAAGAUAUCCCACUCCUUUUUACUAAAUUCACUCAGCCCCGAAGUGGAUCUAACCGAAAUAAUGGUGGUGCAGGACUUGGACUUGCCAUCUGUAAAAGGUUUGUAGAUCUAAUGGGAGGCCAUAUAUGGAUUGAGAGCGAGGGGCUUGACAAAGGUACCAAUGCUACAUUCAUUGUGAAACUUGGGCUUUGCAACAAUCCAGGUGAUUCAUCUAUGCACCAAGUUGCACCUAGGGGUCAAACAAACCAUGGAAGUACAGAUUUUAACGUACAUAAACCAUUAUUCAGAGAUAGUGAUGGGGUGUCUUUUCCUAAUCCGCGUUACCAGCGAAGUCUUUAGCACCACUACAAGCAAUUGCGGUAUUAUGAGAAUUAUGCCUAGCUUAUUUUUCUUUAUGAUACAUUUCUGUGCUGAAGCUGACAAGGAGGGCUGAUGAAUUCUCUGAAGCCUGUUAACCUGAACAAAAACUCUUGCUAAGAAGAGUAUAUUCUGUAUAUUCGAGUAAAAUUAUACCCUACCGAAGAAUUUGCACUUGUACUUGCUUAUGAUUUACCAGUAUUAAUAAUGUGAAAGAUCAUGGGCUCAAAGAUAAUUAUUAUGUU